ACUUGCGCGGUGGCGCAGGCGGAGCGGCGACUCUGAACCCGGGGACCGCAGGCAGCAACACUAAAGCGUAGAAAGUCUCCUUUCAGUAAGAGCGGCAGAAAAACGCCCGAGCAUGCAGAGCCUGAGCCUCUGCCUGCGAAAGCAGCGCCUUUGCUUGGCCUUCCUGCUCCUCCAUCUCCUGGGCCAGGUCGCUUCGGCUGAGCGCUGCCCUUCGCCGUGCCCAGGCCAGUGCCCCACGGCACCGCCGAUCUGCGCCCCCGGGGUGCCCGCUGUGCUGGACGGCUGCUCCUGCUGCCUGGUGUGCGCCCGCCAGCGCGGCGAGAGCUGCUCGGAGCUGGAGCCUUGCGAGGAGAGCAGCGGCCUCUACUGCGACCGCAGCGCCGACCCCCGCGCCCAAACUGGCAUCUGCAUGGUGCUAGAAGGAGACAACUGUGUUUUCGAUGGGGUCAUUUACCGCAGUGGAGAGACCUUCCAGCCGAGUUGCAAAUACCAGUGCACCUGCAGAGAUGGGCAGAUUGGCUGUGUGCCCCGCUGCAACCACGACCUGCUCUUGCCCCGGCCUGACUGCCCAGCUCCAAGAAAAGUUGAAGUACCUGGGGAGUGCUGUGAAAAAUGGAUCUGCGACCCCGAUGAUGAGGAGGGAUUGGGAGGUAUUGCCCUACCAGCCUACAGACCAGAAGCCACCCUAGGAGUUGAAGUCUCUGACUCGAGCGUCAACUGCAUUGAACAGACCACAGAGUGGAGCGCCUGUUCCAGGAGCUGCGGCCUGGGCUUUUCCACGCGGGUCACCAACAGGAAUCGGCAGUGUGAGAUGGUGAAGCAGACUCAGCUCUGCAUGGUGCGGCCCUGCCAACAAGAGCCUGAGCAAUUAGCAGAUAAGAAAGGGAAAAAGUGCCUCCGCACGAUGAAGUCGCUCAAAGCCAUCCACCUGCAGUUCAAGAACUGCACCAGCCUGCACACCUACAAGCCCAGGUUCUGUGGGGUCUGCAGCGACGGCCGGUGCUGCACCCCCCAUAACACCAAAACCAUCCAGGUGGAGUUCCAGUGCUCCCCAGGGCAAAUCAUCAAGAAACCUGUGAUGGUCAUCGGGACCUGCGCCUGUCACACCAACUGUCCUCAGAACAACGAGGCCUUCCUCCAGGAGCUGGAGUCCGACACCAGUAGAGAAGAAAUGUAACAAGUGUCCCUGGAGUAAGCCCUCCUACAGAGGCCAAGUGUAGCUACUGCAUGACCCACCCCCAAUGAAUAUAAGGAAAAGAAUGAAGUCAUUCUUUCAUCCCUGAGCCCUGUGUAGCAUAUUUUCUUUAGCCACGUGAGGUCAUUUAUAUCUAUCUUUUGUUUUGUUUUUUUAAUCAAAGAUAUGAUUAACUGUAAACUUUGAAUGAAGGUAAGCUCAGGAUAUGGCUUAGGGAUGACUUACUUUUGGGCGGUGCUUUUUACAAAUGCAAAUGUCUAUGAAUUUCAGAAAUCAGAUAUAUGUUUUACCUUAUAGAGUAUAUCACAUUACAAUCAUUUUAUAUUGUGUAGACUAGUGCAAUCCCCAAAAAGUUACUGUAAUUAAUGACAUGGUGGAGCCCAAGAUCAUACUGAACGUAUCUUCGUACAAAUAUUUGACCAUAUAUUAAGGUUUGAUUUGAGGAUUCUUGGUUGAGAUCCCAUUAUGGGUACCUCAAUUCUGAACUUUCAAGUUCAAGAUCUGAGGCAACGUACAGUUCUUCAACUUGAAAUCCAGAGACUGUUAAUAGUGUGUUUUGUUGUAAACUAGGAGUUACGCUGUGUCUGCAGUAAUGAAAUGUUUGUUAAUUAAGUGAACUGGUGUAAAAAACUGAGAAAUUGACUCCUUUCCCAUAGAAAGAAGCUUAACCAGAGAAUGCUCCUUGAUACAGAGAUGACGGGGCCCUAGCAUUUGUCUGUCCUAGAAGCUGCAGAGGCUUACUAAUUUUUUAAUCCAGCAGAAGCAGACGAGAUCAGCAGGAAUCCUCUUAUCUUACUUACGAGUAAACUGAGGCCCAAAGCCCUUAAAUGAAUCAAAGUCAUAACCCCUGAUGACUUUCAAAUGUGCAUUUAGUGGAAUUUAACAGAAUCAAUUAUUGGGGUGCAGUUACCAUAAAUUUUAUGGCCGUUUAGAAUCAUCAUAGACAUGUCCAAAACUUAUCCAUGGGCUAUAAUUAUGGAAAACUCACAAGCAAGAUAUAUGUGUAUAGAAACAUAUAUCUAAUUUGUCAGGAUACAAGAUAGGCCUAAAAAUUACAUCUGUACAUUCCUCUAAUGUCAUCAUUAAAGUAUUUAUGUAAAUAUAAAUUGUACAUUUUGUAAAAUAUCUGUUUUAAUUUCUGUACUUGUCCAAUGGCACUAAAUAAACGUGACCUUAUCUGUGCGUGACUCAGCUAUGACUUUGUGCUUGUAAGUUUAGCAUUACCGCUUAUUGGAAAUAA